UCAUAAUUAAUUUCUUGGAGGCUCACUUUGAUGGCUGACUUCAGAGUCAUCGCUCGCGCGAACUUUCUUCCGAGCUCUCUGCCUUUUCUUCACGGAACUUUCUUCUUCAAAUAAUGAAGACCAUUCUUCUGGUUUCUCACCACCCAUGAAAGCAGCACAAACGGCCUGGAUUUCAGCUUUUGAUAUCUGUAACUAAAGUGUGUCAAAAUCACGAGUUGGGCUCUUCCUAUUGGAGUUCUAAUUGGCCGCAGGAAUGGAUUCCCGGCGAAAUAGUUUUGUAAGGUUUCAAAGUUGGAGUUCGGAGAAUUCCAUGAACGAUGGCAAAUACUCAAGAAACAGUUCUAGACCCACAUUUGGCAGAAUUUUUGAGAGUUUUCGGAGAGGAUUUGUGAGAGUGUCUGGGACAAUUAAAAGUUUGAAAAACAACACAAUAAGCAUCCCUUCUGUAUAUGAUCAGCCACGAAAUGAUGAUCAGUCAGGUCCUAGGACGAUGAGAGUCCAUGAUCCGCAGGAUCAAUUUCUUCAAAGGUGGAACAAACUAUUUGUACUUUCUUGUGCGAUAUCAUUGGCAUUGGACCCACUAUUCUUUUACAUCCCAGUGUUGAAGUUAAAUGACGAGGAGACAUGCUUAUAUACGGACAGAACACUGGCGAUUAUUGUUUGUGUUCUUCGUUCGGUCACAGAUGCUUUUUAUGCAAUUCAUAUAUACUUUCAAUUUCGAACAGGGAUUGUCCUACCUUCUUCCCGAGUGUUUGGAACGGGUCAGUUGAUUAUCGAUCCUAUGACAAUAGCAAAAAGAUACUUGUCCACAUAUUUCACUGUCGACGUUCUAGGAAUCCUUCCAUUACCACAGGUGGUAGUUUUCGUUAUCUCUCCUUCAUUCAAAAAUGCAGUUCCAAUUGUGGGGAAGGAAAUGUUGAAGUACGUAAUCUUCUCCCAAUAUGUGCCGAGGCUUUUGCGGAUUUAUCCACUAUAUGUAGAAGUAAUUAGAAGCUCUGGCAGACUAACUAAGACAGCAUGGGGUGGAGCUGCUUAUAACUUUUUCAUCUACAUGCUUGCCAGUCAUGUAAUUGGAGCGUUUUGGUACUUUUUUGGCAUUGAACGACAGGAUGCGUGCUGGCAGAAAAUGUGUAGGAAAAUUAACGGUUGUCGAGAUAAAUAUUUUUACUGUGGAAAUAAACUUGACCAAGCUGACUUUGUUGGUCUAGUAAGUCAGGCUUGCCGUAUUGUCGAACCAGAUGAAACUAAAAACUCAACUGAUCAUUUUGACUAUGGAAUAUUUACUGGAGUUUUGAAGUCUGGGGUUGUGGAAUCAAGAAACUUCAGAGUAAAAUUUUCUUAUUGCUUCUGGUGGGGUUUUCGCAGUCUGAGUUCUAUAGGCCAAAAUCUGGAAACAAGCACCUUUUUUUGGGAAAUAGUCUUUGUUGUUUGCAUAGCCAUCUCUGGGUUGGUCUUAUUCUUAGUACUUAUUGGCAAUAUGCAGAUAUAUCUGCAAUCUACAACAGUGAGGAGAGUACAAGAACUGAGGGUGAGGAAGACUGAUACAGAACAAUGGAUGUCCCGAUGUAUGCUCCCUAACGACUUAAGGGAGCGGGUUAGACGAUAUGAAAAGCACAAAUGGCUACAAAUAAGAGGUGUGGAGGAAGAGAAUCUCAUCCGUAAUCUUCCCAAGGAUCUUAGAAGGGACAUAAAGCGCCAUCUUUGCUUGGAUCUUCUUCUAAAGGUUCCCCUGUUCAAUGAGAUCGAUCAACAACUGCGGGAUCCGAUGUUGGACCGUCUCAAGACAGUGCUUUACACAAAGAACACCUACCUUAUUCGUGAAGGGGAUCCGGUAGAUGAGAUGAUCUUUAUCGUGCGAGGAACUCUAACCACUUUUACUACCAAUGGUGGAACAACUGGUUUUUUCAACACUAGUGAUCUUAAAUCUGGUGACUUUUGUGGUGAAGAGGUUCUUGCUUGGGCCUUACUUUCCCUGUCCUCGACCGCAUUCCCCAUUUCAACUAGAACAGUGGUGGCUAGAACAGAGGUUGAAGCCUUCAUUCUAAUGGCAGAAGACUUGAGGUCUAUGGCCUCUCAGUUUCCGAAACUUCAUAGCAGGGAAUUACAGCACGCUUUCAGGUUCUACUCCCAACAAUGGAGGACAUGGGCGGCCUGUUUUAUCCAAUCAGCUUGGCGCCGUUUCCUUAAGAGAAAACAUGAGAGGGCUUCGUGUGAUGCAGAAAAUAGAUUGCAAUAUGCUUUGGCAAAUGAAGCUGGGACGUCAGAAAGUCUUGGUGCAACUAAGGAACGAACGAAAGGUGCAGGCAAUACCAGAGUGCUACAACUGCUGCCAUCGAAGCUUGUUGAGCCCAAUUUCAACGUUGAAGGUGACAAUACUGCACAGGAGCCGUCUACUCAUGCGGUUGUUACGGGGCCUGCUACUACACAGACAUCAAUAUGUAAUCCUCCCAACAUGGCAGAAAUUUGUGCAGCACUUGAAGAGCAUCGUGUGGGUAUGGAGAGGAUCAUUAUGCUCGUCAUGAAUCGACUGACAGACAUGGAGGGUCGUAUGGCUGCUAUAGAGGAGGUCCUUAGGACUCGAAGUCUUUAGUCUAUCCAAUAGCUAUCUAUAUUCCCAUAUAGUUUGUUGUAUUUAUAAAUUGUUCCUUUCAUUAGAAAUAGGCUCAUUUAAAAUAAUUAUCAACAAAAACUUAUGUUCAGUUCAAUUG